AUGCAUGAAAAAACCAACAAAACUGACACUUUGGGAGGAUUUUAUUGAUCAUGAGGGAGUUAAACUUUUCAACCAACUUCAUGAUUACCCGAUCAUUCUUGCUAGGAAAAUUGGGAAAUCAUCCUCAGGAACGUCGAAUAGAUUCGUUGGUUUGACAAGCAAAUUCAAUACAACAAUUGAAAUCAAUCCUCCAUAUCCACAGGCUGCUGAGUUAAGGACGUGGAUCAAAACAAUUGAAACGAAGCUUGUUUCUUAUAAGAUGAAAAGUACAACUCCAAUAGGCUCUAUUAUGUUGAUUCCAUUUGAGGAUGAAGUUAUAUCUGUGGCUAACAUCCAGUUGGAACACUUUUGUUGUGAUUCUCGAAACAGUCAUUUUUUGCACUCUUUUGAUGUUGCCACUGUAUGCCGUGUUUUGCAAGCUUUUGAUGUUGCUAUGUGGAUGCCUUAUGUUCCUGUUCGUUUGCGGAAAUUGAAAAUAUUUUCUCCUAGAAUAGCAGGUGAUUUGAUCAAAGAUGAUCUAGAAAAUCCAAGCAUGAAAGAUGCAUCUGUUUUUGUCUAA